UUUUUGCCCUACGUAAUGUUUCCUCUGUUUAGAGAUCUCCUGCUUUUGUUUUCAUAAUACAUGAUUGUGUUGGUGCUGUUAUGUCUUUGGGACAUUUUUCUAACAUGAUGAAGGCCUUUUAAAACACAUCAGUCGGACAGUUUCUCAAAUAUAGCCGGGUAAAAAUAACUCUGUCUAUUUUUAGUGAGCUCGGAGAAUGUACACAAUAACAUAACUUUGGAGUUACCUAAAUGUCUUGUGCAGUUCGCCAGACCAGGAAGGGGAGAUAAACACUCCAAAUGUCCAGCAGCUGUCUUCUGAUCUGCGACCCCUCAUGUUCUGGAUGUCAAAUGCCACAGAGCUCCUGAACUUCUUCCAGGUCAAAGUCGAAACAAUGGAGAAAGAGUGGGAAUUUGAAGCCCCCGGGGAUCCGGUUUUGACAGCCGACAUGGACACCUGUUCAGAGGCUCUUGCGCAGCUGGACGAUGUCAUAAUGCACACCUUCCAGCAGUGUGUGUAUCAUCUCACCAAGACCCUGUACUCGCUCCUGCCAGCCCUCCUGGACACCAACCCAUUUUCCAGUGAUGAGAAGGAGAAGGAGAAGGACGGCACUCGGGGCGCAGAGGGAGAUGAGAAUAAAGGAGAGGGGGGAGCUGAGGACGACGUGUCCGUCUUGCCUCCGAAGGUCGCCGGACUGGUGGAAGUGUAUCGCUGCUCCUUGAUGCUGUCCCGAGAAGCGUGUCUGUCUCCGCCGCUCACCUCCCAAACGUUUGGUUACCUCUUCUUCUUCACCAACACUUCCUUGCUGAAUACUUUGCUGGAGAGAGAUGGGUUGUUUUCAUGGUCCAGAGCGGUCCAGAUCCGGACAAAUCUGGACUUGGUUCUAGAUUGGCUGCAGGGCGCGGGGUUAGGAGACAUAGCCUCGGAGUUUAUGAAGAAACUCUCAGUUACGGUCAACUUUCUAUGUAUUCCCAAAACACGACUGAUCCAGUCGUCUUGGACCAGUCUGAAAGAGGAGCAUGAACUGCUAAGUCAUGCCCAGCUGCACCACCUGCUCACCCAUUACAAGCUGGGACCGACCCGAGCUCCGCCAGCAUCCUGGGCUCCCCCGCCCGGCGCAGACCUGAACGGAGACAUAUUUGAGAGCUUUCUAGACCACCCUCCUCUCAUCCUGCCGAACGAGACGCCUCGCCUCGACCUCUCCCAGCCAAUCCCAAGCCCCGAGCUCCAGAAGGAAGUCACGCGUCUCCGCACCUUCCUGUGGGGACUCGAUCAGGACGAGCUCCCCGCAAAUCAGAGGACGCGGCUUUGAAAGAGCGCAUAUCAGCAGAAUGAAAGAAACCGGAAAUGAUUUCUGCAUUUAAUUGCCUAGCAGUCGUUCUUCGUCCGAUCCUAAUUUCAUUUCAGUUAUUCCCUUUCUAAUAUUUUUGAACAAAUCAGUUAUCCUGUCUUUGUUUAGUCUUUGUGGAAUUAGUUUUAAAGCAGGGAGAGGACAUCCAAAAAUUGUUGGGCUUCACUUCGCUCUUUUUCUUGGCUUCUCUGCGUAUUUUCAAAUGACUUGUUUUUAAUAAAAUGCUGAAUUCUGGUCUAAGAGGC